UUUGAUUAUUUUAUAAUGUUUUUUGUGAAUGUGUGUAAGAAAAUCGCGUUGUAAUUGAUUAAUUAGUCUAAUUGUUUGUGGCUGAAUACUUUAUAAAGCUUCCUUAAGAAGACUGGGAGAGAGCUGGGAGGACGGUCAGGGUAAGAAGCAGGUCGUGUGAGCAGGGAUGCCGGGCUGGGAAGUAGGAGCGGCGUUUAUACAUUCAGGCAUUGCAACACAAGAGUGCCAGAAUACGCAGAGGAGGAACUUUGGACUCUAUGCAUUGCCUUUAACCCGACCAUCCAGAGCUAGUGGCAGUCCAUUCACACACCAGCAUGAAGGUACGGUUUGCUCCACCGAAUAUCCCUUUGAGCAGGAGACUGCAAACCGCUGCAGUUCUGCAGUGGGUCUUCUCUUUCCUGGCCCUCGCUCAGUGCUGCUAUGUGAUCUUCGCGGUGCUGAUGUUCACUCGGUUCUGGCUCGUGAGUGUCCUGUACAGCACCUGGUGGUUCCUGGACCGGGACACACCGUCGCGGGGCGGAAGACGCUGCCGGUUUUUCCAGAGGCUCGCGAUAUGGAGGCACCUCCGCGACUACUUUCCCGUCACGCUGGUGAAGACCGCAGACCUGGAUCCUCGACAGAACCACGUGUUCGGUUUCCACCCUCAUGGAAUCCUGGUGGCCGGGGGCUUCGUGAAUUUCUGCACUGAAGCCACGGGGUUCCAGCUGCUCUUCCCAGGCCUGACCCCUCGCCUCCUGAUGCUGCCCCUGUGGUUCAGGGUGCCCUUCUUCAGAGACUACAUCAUGACUGGAGGUUUGAUCCCCUCUGAUAAGGACAGCGCCGCCUAUCUGCUGCGGCAGGAAGGGGGCGGGAAUGCGGUUGUCAUAGCAGUGGGAGGAGCCCCGGAAGCCCUGGACGCCAGGCCCGGAGCGUUUACUGUGCUGAUCAAGAACCGCAAGGGAUUUGUCAAGCUGGCAAUGGAGCACGGUGCCCCGCUGGUCCCAGUGUUCUCCUUUGGGGAGAAUGAGUUGUUUGAUCAGGUGGACAACCCCAAAGGCACGUGGCUGCGGUCGAUUCAGGAGCGCAUGCAGAAGGUGAUGGGGAUCGCCCUGCCCCUCUUUCACGCGCGCGGCGUCUUCCAGUACAGCUUCGGACUCAUCCCCUACAGGAAGCCUAUCUUCACAGUGGUUGGGAAGCCCCUCCGGGUUGAAAGGAAUGAGAAGCCCUCUGCUAAAGAAGUGGAUGCCAUGCAUGAGAAAUACUUGGAGGAGCUUUGCAAACUCUUUGAAGAGCAUAAAGCUAAAUACGGCGUGCCGGAAGACAAGCAUCUCAGCUUUGUGUGAAGCGUUUCAUACAGGGCUGUUUAAUCACUGCCUCGCCUCUCUGGCAACGUUCUUGAACACUUCAUCUGGUGUAAGACCUUUCUCUUCUCGUACAGCGUUUGUACAGAGUAUUGUUUUUAUAUGCACAAAACAUUCUCCAUGGAAUUUACCCCAUGAAAUAGGAAACCCCCAGCAAUACGUCCUACACACUUUUGUACAAACAGCACCCCUCACAUUUAUUCUGUAAUAGAAAAGGUGCAUCUCCCUCUUCAAUAUCUUCAAAGGCAUCCCAGUACUCUAGGAGUCACUGCAGAGACCAGACGACAAUGCAAACUCCACACCCUGCUUCUCUGAAAGGUUCCAGCAGCUGUGAUCAGUGAGGGGUGGUCUUGCCUGCCUUUUUAAACACCUUGCACACUGAGCAUGGUGGCCCUUUGCCUUAUAAAAGGUAUUUGCCCGCAGUGGGUGGCCCUACCCUUAUAAAAGUUUCCCAUAGCAAAAGCAUAGCAAAGUGUAAUAUAGCACAGAAAGCAUAGGUAAGCACUGUGCAGCGAAGUAUGGUAAAGUAUAAUAAUAAACAGGGUAAACUAUAGCUAAUGGAUAGUGUAUCCGUGGGAAAAGAAAUACUUUGCAGAAAUCCUGUGGUAAACAAUGACAACAUUUUUUUUUUGUUUUGUUUUUUUGUUUUUUUGGUUCAACCCUUGCAGGAACCUAAUCAAGAAAAUUUAAAAAGUGCUAUUGGUGCAUUUUGAUUAAAUGUUUUAAUUUAAAGAGAGGGUUAAUGCUUACUGCUGGAGGCAUGAACACACACACACACACACACACACACACACACACACAAUGUUGAGAGAAGCAGAACUUCGAUGGUGUGUCGAAGGAAAGGCAGUAGAAACACGCUGUGGAGUGCAUUCCUUGUGGACUUUACUACUCCAUCCAAAUAGAGGAACAAAGGUUAAAUCUACAGCACUUACACUGUAGGAAACAUGGUAAUAAAAUUAGACAAGUGUUUUGAUGUGUCAGCUUCAAUCAUGCUAUAAUGUUGGAAUCUAAUUAUUUCUGACUGUAAACUAAUAGAUGAAUAGAAGCAGGUGAAUAGCUUUACAUACAGCAGAAUGCCAGAGAGGUAAGCAGGGAAGCUGCAACACUUCAUUAGGAUCAAUCAGUGGGUCUGAAGUUGAACAAUGACUGUGUUGUGUUUACAGGAAUUACUUUUGGCUGUGUGUAUUUUCUUUGAUUGGUGGGGUUUAUGUUCCUGAGUUGUUGAUAGAUGAAAUGGUAACCGUAUUAGUCCAAAGAUGAUCGACAAAGAGAAGAUGAUGUGAUCCCUUUGAUUGGACUAACUAAACAAUAAUUACACAAGCUUUCAAGAGCCCGUCAGACAUUUCAUGUAAACAUCAAGCUGUCUUUCCUACUUUCACCUGAAGAGACCUUUGAGCUCUUGACAGCUUGUGAUUAAUUAUUGUUUAGUUCGUCCCAUAAAAGGGAUUGCAUCUCCUUAACUUUGUCUAUGUUCCUUAGUAAAAUUUUGAACCCCACGUACAAUUUUCUCAAAUGUGACCCCACUGGAAAAUGUUGUUACUACAAUUUAUAAUAGUUUUAUUAUUAAUCUCUAAAAUGUGUGUAAAGUAUUUUAAUAAUUAAAUCAGUGUGGAGGCAGUAGAAUUCUAUUGCUUUGUGACCUCA